AUGGGACUUCAUGAAGACAGAGACCCUGGGCCGGCACACAGAUGCUUUUCUUUUGUUCUGGGAACAAGUCUGGCAGCAGGGCACGAAAUUCGUGAUCUUGACUUUCAACGACCGACUGGGCCUGUUCCGUGCAGUGAAACGCCGAAUCUCAGAGCGGCCGGUUACGUUCGGCGGUGUCUUCGUCUUCGCUUCUCCGGUGGGCUGAGGAUUUAUCCCAAUGAGCUGCGGCACAUCAAGGAGGUAAAAGAGAUCCGUUCUAAAGGGCCAAGCCAUUGGAAGCAGCCGCAAAUCAUUUUUGAGCUUCGAGAGAAGGCGAAGGCUGUGAAAUCAUGGGCACUUCGAACCACGCUGAAUUUGCUGCUGAGGAAGAACUCCGAUGCUUCUCAUCUGAUUCCGACCAGUUUCCCAGUUGCUGUGCCCAGCAGAUCGGCCCUGCCCAAAUUUCCUCGCUGCGAGGACACGCCUGGGAUCACCUUGGUGCGGCCCAUGGAGACUUUUGGGGACGAUGAUUGUCCCAAGGGCCACAUGGAGAUUCUCUUCGAGGAUGUUCGUGUGCCCCUGAGCAACAUGAUUUGGGGAGAGGGCCGCGGCUUUGAAAUCGCCCAGCUGCGAUUGGGCCCGGGCCGCAUUCACCAUUGUAUGCGCAUGAUUGGGCAGGCAGAGCGCGCCUUGAGCCACAUGUGCCGUCGCGCAAGCUCUCGAAAAGCAUUUGGACAACAGCUUUCAGAGAUGGGCAGCGUGGUCCAGCAGAUCGCCGAAUGCCGCGCUGAGAUUGACCAGGCCCGUUUGUUGGUUCGUGAAGCUGCGGACAGGAUGGACAGGCUUGGCAACACUGAUCACUACACCCGAAAACUUCUGAGCCUUGUGAAGGCUGUGGUGCCCAGCAUGUCAGGGAAACCCAGCGGAGUGGCUUCGUUGACAGCCUUUUUUUCACAGUCCCAAGUUCCAACAAUCGCCUAUUAG